UACGCACAGCAGAGUUGCAGACAAGAAACGUGGACUGUGGGAUCACGAGUGGCCACUUCUCUUCGGAUCGAAGCAAGAUAAAGAUGACAAGAGUCUUUUUCCUUCUCUCAUUUCUUCUCUUCUCCUUUCUAGGUGAUUUAUUCUCUCUUUAUUUGAUUUCAUGGUUGUACUCUUGUCUAUUUCGGCUAUUACCAAUUCUGUGUUCGUCGCACUUCCUCUGUUUUCAGGGGCGUUGGCAGCUACGUUCACGCUCACUAACAACUGCGAGUACACCGUAUGGCCGGGCGUGCAAUCGGGCGCCGGCACGGCCCCACUUUCCUCGACGGGCUUCGCGCUGCAUAAGGGCGAGUCUCGCAGCCUCAAGGCGCUCGCCGCGUGGUCGGGCCGCUUCUGGGGCCGCACCCUCUGCGCCACCGAUUCGAGCGGCAAGUUCAGCUGCGCCACCGGCGACUGCGGGUCCGGCAGGGUGGAGUGCUCUGGCGGCGGCGGGGACCCCCCGGCCACCUUGGCGGAGUUCACGCUCGACGGCAGCGGCGGGAUGGACUUCUACGACGUGAGCCUGGUGGACGGCUUCAACCUGCCGAUGCUGGUGGUGCCGCAAGGCGGCUCUGUUGGGGACUGCACCUCCACGGGCUGCCUGGCGGACCUCAACGGGCUGUGCCCGUCGGACCUCAAGGUGGUGCUGUCGACCUCGGACGCGGGCGGCGAGUACGUGGCGUGCAAGAGCGCGUGCGAGGCCUUCGGUUCGCCCCAAUAUUGCUGCAGCGGUGCCUACGGAAACCCCAACACGUGCAAGCCAUCGUCCUACUCCCAGUUCUUCAAGAACGCCUGCCCCAGGGCGUACAGCUACGCCUUCGACGACGCCACGUCCACAUUUACCUGCGCGUCCGCCGACUACGUCAUCACGUUCUGCCCCAGCACCACAAGCCAGAAGUCUUCGGACCCGACUCCAGGUGCAUCGAAUACGCCGCCACUGGUGCUGCGCACGGCUGCCAUGCUACUUCGCAUCUCCCUCGCUGGUCUCGCUUUAUGUCUCUGCCUGUAGCGCGGCCGUGCGGAGGCUACACAACGCUCGCACCGCCAAUUCUAGACCGGCCAUCUCCUGUGCUUGUCGUCAUAACGAUGCGACGCUGAUGAAAAAAUCUAAUCAAGCUGACAAAAGAACGAGAGUCUGACAGAAUGAAAAGAGCUGCUGCUGCCUCCCAAAUUUGCCUUCUUAUGUAUCUUAUGGCCGGUCUUUUAAUCUCUAGGAAAAAGUUCACCAGGUCUGCGUGCGAAGUGACAUCACGGAGUGAUGUAGUCCAUUAAAAUAGGGGAGUGUUUGGUUUCUGGAAGUGAAAGAUUGUACAGUUGUGUAUUGUUCCACAUCGGCAUAAAGCCUCCCAACCUUUACUGGAGUUCAUAUCGCUCUCCAGGAAUAUAUAAACUUCGGCUGCUCCCACAA